UCCCGUGCCUUGGGGUAACGAACAGAGAAGCAGAGCCGGCAAGGAGACAAGAAGCAAUGGCGAGCUAGUGCUGGUGUGGCUUCUCCCCACCUCGGCUGGAGCUGGCCCUCGCUGUGGUCUCUUUGCUGAGUGGCAUGGCACGGCUCGGCCGUGCCGUGCAGAGCUGUCCCAUCUCUGUACGGUCUGUCCCACACCAGCCCUUCCCUGUCCAGUGAAUUCCGACUGCGAUUCUGCUCGGUGGCUCGUCUUCUCCCCACGUCUCCUGCCCGCAGCCACCGCCUGGCCCGGGAGAGCUCGGAACACCGAGGAGCUCGCCGACGCCCAGACGGGUUUCAAGGACUCGGCAGCCUUUGGAUGAAGCCUCCUACAGCCGGGGAAGGCAGCGUGGGGAAGACAAGAGAGCAGGCAAGCAUGCAGGGAAGUAGGGAGGCACGGAAAUCGGCAGGCACGCAGGAGGGAAGCAGGCGGGCGGGACAAGGGAGCUGCCGCCCCGCUCCUCCCCGCCGGGGCGUGCCAGCGGCACUCCAGGCCCGAGCCCGGCCCCGGUUCCGCGAGGUUCUGCCCCAGUAUCCGCCCCCAGGGGCGGGAGCGAUCCGGAGCCAUGGGGCAGGUCAGUGCCCGCUCCCUGUGCCGGGCCAGCUCCCGCGCCUGGCAGAGGCGGCUGCCCUGGCCCGGCCCCGCGCCUGCAGCCCCACGGGGCCGCAGCCCCGCGUGGAGCCCCGGGGCAGCUCCCGCCCAGGGACUCUCCUCCAUGGCCCCCUCCAUCCGCCUGUCGCCCGCCGCCCGCAGCCUCUUCGAUGAGCCGCUGGCCAUCGCCGUGCAGGGCCUCGGCCCGCGGCAGCAGGUCACUCUGCGGACGUCCUUGCGGGACGAGACCGGAGAGCUCUUCCAGGCCAGUGCCCUCUACCAGGCGGGCGACGACGGGGAGCUGGACCUCGCCCGCUGUCCUGCGCUGCCGGGAGGCAGCUUCUCCGGCCUGGAGCCCAUGGGGCUGCUCUGGGCUCUGCAGCCCCAGAAGCCUUUCUGGCGGCUGGUAAAGCGGGACGUGCAGAGCCCCUUCCUCCUGCAGCUGGAGGUGUUUGAGGGCCACGGGGAGCGCCCGGGGCGGCUUCUGGCCCAGGCGCAGCACGAGCGGGCGUUCCUGCGGGACGGGGUGCAGAGAGUCCCGGUGCGAGAAGGGAGGAUCCGGGCAACGCUUUUCCUGCCCACUGGAAGUGGCCCCUUUCCAGGAAUUAUUGACUUGUAUGGAACUGGAGGAGGACUCCCUGAAUACAGGGCAUGCCUGCUGGCCAACCACGGCUUUGCUGUGCUGGCUCUGGCUUUCUACAGCUAUGAAGAUCUCCCCAAAGGGAUGAAGGAAUUCCACCUGGAAUAUUUUGAAGAAGCUGUAAACUAUAUGUUACAACACACCCAGGUUAAAGGUCCAGGAAUUGGUUUGCUUGGACACUCAAAGGGAGGUGACCUGUGUGUCUCCAUGGCCUCCUUCCUAAAGGGCAUCACAGCCACUGCCCUUAUCAACGGCUCGGUGGCAAAUGUGGGUGCGGUGCUCCGCUACAAGGACAUCAUCAUUCCACCCCUUGGUAUCAAUCCAAAACGCAUCAAGGUCGGCAAGUCCGGGAUUGCUGAUAUUAUUGAUGCAUUGAACAGCCCACUAGAAGGGCCUGAUCAGCAAAGUUUUAUCCCUUUGGAGAAGGCUGAGUGUUGCUUCUUGUUCAUUGUCGGCCAGGAUGAUCACAACUGGAAAAGUGAAUUCUUUGCAGUUGAGGGGAGCAAACGCUUGCAAGCUCAUGGGAAAGAAAAGCCUGAGAUAGUCUGUUAUCCUGGAGCAGGACACUACAUUGAACCUCCCUUUUUCCCAAUGUGUGCAGCCUCAAUGCACCUGCUAUUUGGCAAGCCUGUGAUGUGGGGAGGGGAGCCCAAGGCACACUGUGAGGCACAAAUAGAUGCUUGGCAGCAGAUCCAAGCUUUCUUUCAUAAACACCUCACAGGCAAGCUGUCUGGAACAUCCAGUAAGCUCUGAUAUGAAUUAGGUUACCUUACAGAUGAAGAUGCUGGUUUUGUUAAAUGUUUUGUUAAAUGGCUCAGAAUGAGAACAAGGACUAUCAGAGAAUAAGCUAUUAGGUUUCUUGGAGGAUGAUGGUGGGUGAAAGCAAGACAGCAGCUUCCUUUUUACACCCUCCUCUAAUCUUGGCUAAAGGCCUUGGCCUCCUAUUUUAUGUAGUACAUGGUUAUGAGCUGUGGAAAACAAAUGGUGGUAAGUUUGUGUGCUUUGAGUGUGAAUUAAAGUGGUAGGCAACUCAUCCAAGCUGAGAACCAGGAUGAAAACAUGCCUUGGCCUUCUCAGAGGAGAUGUAUGCCAUUGCCCAGCUUUGUGUUCUAGUUCCAGUAUUCCAGUUUUUCUGGAAGCAGUAAUCUGCCUCCAGUAAUCUUUCUGUUCUCCCUGUGCACUUCUCCCUCCUUUGUUGCUCCUUGCUCUUCUCUCAAACCACUAAAAUGCAUCUGCCUUAAAAAUAUCUAAUAUUUCACUUACCAAAAUCAGUACUACUGUGCCAGCACCCUCAGGUAAAACUUCACAUUUGUAGGCAACAAACAGCCCAUAGCUUGAUGUGAUGUUCUGAGAGCAUGCAGUAGAAAUGAGACAUUUAAACAGUCUGUGGAAGUUCAUAAGCGUGAAGAAGCAACAUAACAGGUCCUGUUAGGUGUCAUCCUGGAAUCGCUCCCAGGUGUCUCCUCAGCACGGCUGGGUAUCGCUGUGGAGAUCCACAGCCGGAGCUCCCUGCCUGUACAUUCCCCAAAUGCCGUCUCAGCUGCCUGCUCCUAAGCGCUGCUGAGAGCAGCCCGGCUGCUCCGUGAGGCGGCCUGGAAGGGGCCUGAGGCGGCCGGCCCGCUGUGGUGGAGCGGGGCUCCGGCUGCACGCCCGCUGCUCUCUGCGCAGCGGGGUGACCGCUCGGCCCCGCCGGGAUCGUCAGCAACUUUGUGCACCCAAGCGUGGGGUUGAAGGAGAAGACGCUGGGAGUUGCCGGCGCAUUUGCACUGUGUGUCCGAACACGUAGUACCCGCCAGUGCUUGCAGCCCGACCUCUGCUGUUGCCUGUGCGUCAGGCCCGUUUCAGCGUUUUGUAUCCACCGUACUGUAAUGGAUUAAAGUGAAACUUUAACCGCU